AUGUCGAUCAGUGGGGAAACCACACCAGAGGACACGACAGUUGUUGACUCUUCCACAUCUUCACCAGAGUCUUCAACAGUAUCGGACACAUCUAGCAAUGAAACCACCACCACGGCCUCUGUGUCCAACAGCACGGAAACCACCACCGAGGGUGCUAAUAUGCAAUCAACCACAACUUCACAGGUGGUGGAGUCUACUUCUGAACCAACUACUACAGAUGACGUGGGAGAAACAACUACCACAGCAGAUGAAAGCUCAGCGCCAUCUUUUAUUACCUCAACUAUCACACUAGAUUUAAAUAAUACACUUAGCAAUACAGAUCUUUAUACAACAUAUUCAACAAUUUCCACAACAUCAGAUAAUCUAGGCACACAAUCAACGACAGCACUAUUAACAACAUUACAAACCCAGUCAGAAGAUACUACGGAAUCAUCAACAGAUUUUCAAUUAACAACCUCUACUGCCUCAGUAAUCACAACAGAAUCCCAAUUAACGACAUCCUCUACGACAGCUUUCACUGAACAGACAACAGCAGAGUCUUCUUCCUCAACUUCCACUUUAUCAGUUAUCACUGCAGAGUCGACCAUGAAGUCCCAAACAACUACCACUUUAUCAGUUGACACAACACAAAGUUCAACAGAAUCCCCGUCACCAACCUCCACUUUAUCACUUAACACUGCACAGUCGACCAUAGAGUCUCCAUCAACAACUUCUAUUUCAUCAGUUGACACUUCACAGACUUCAACGGACUCCCAAUCAACAAUUUCCACUUUAUCAGUUGACGUUACACAGACUUCAACGGAAUCAGCAUCAACAACGUCAACUUUAUCAAUUGACACUACACAGACGUCAACAGAAUCCCUGUCACCAACUUCCACUUUAUCAGUUAUCACUGCACAGUCGACUACAGAGAUCCCAUUAUCAACUUCCACUUUAUCAGUUGACACUUCACAGACGUCAACAGAAUCCUCAUUACCAACUUCGACUUUAUUAGUUCACACUACAGAGACCUCAAGAGAAUCCCCAUCAACAACUUCUACUUUAUCAGUUGACACUGCACAGACUUUAACUGAAUCCUUAUCAACAACUUCCACUUUAUCAGUUGACACCACAAAGAGUUCAACAAAAACACCAUCAUCAGCUUCCACUUUAUCAGUUGACACUACACAGAUUUCAACAGAAUUCCCAUCAACAACCUCCACUUUAUCAGUUGACGGUACAAAAAUUUCAACAGAAUUCCUAACAACAUCUUCCACUUUAUUGGUUGACACUACACUGACUUCAACAGAGUCCGCAUCAACAAUUUCCACUUCAUCAGUUGACGUUACACAGACUUCAACGGAAUCAACAUCAACAGCUUCCACUUUAUCUGUUGACACUUCACAGACGUCAUCGGAAUCCUCAUCACCUACCCCCACUUCAUCAGUUAUCAAUGCACAGUCAACUAAGGAGUCCCAGACAAAUUCCACUUUAUCAGUUGACACUUCACAGACUUCCACAGAAUCCCCGUCACCAUCUUCCACUCCAUUAGUUAUCACUACACUGUCAAGCACAGAGUUCCCAUCAACAACGUCCACUAUAUCAGGUAACACAUCACAGAUGACCAUAGAAUUAUCUUCAACAACUUCCAUUCCAUCAUCACUCAUUACUAGUUCGACAAAAGAACCUUCAUCAACAAUAUCCACGCAUUCAUUAGAUAACACUACACAGUCUUUCACAGAUUCCCGAUCAACAAUAUCCACUCCAUUAGAAAUCAAUUCACAGUUAGCAACAGAAUUCCCAUCAAAAACUUCGUUUCCCUCACUUAUCACUAUACAGUCGACACAAGAGUCUCAAUCAACAACCAACCCUUCAUCAGAUAUUACUACUUCAGUAUCCCCAGUAACAAUUUCCACUCCAUUACUGAUCCAUACACAGUCAACAUCAGAUCUAGAUUCAACACCAACAACUUCAACUCCAUCUGUUACCACUAUAAGUUCAACAAAAGAGCAUUCAUCAACAAUUUUCAUGCAUUCAGUAGUUUCCUCACGGCUAACUACAAAAUCCCCAUCAACAACUUCUACUCAGUCUGAUGUAACUGCAGAUUUAACUGCACCUUCCUCAUAUCCAACUAUUACACAGUCAGGUAUCAAUACACAUUCGGCAACAGAAUCCCUGUCUACAUCUUCCACUACAUCAUUUCAAAUAAGCACCACCUACACUCAACCAGAUUUUAUGUCUUCUUUAAAAUCUACAGCAUUUGCGAACAGUCAAUCGACAUCAGAAAACAUGUUAUUAUCAACAGAAAACACAGAUACGUCAAUAACCUCAGAGUAUAUGUCAACAUCUUCUGAUUUAUCAACAGAAUACACCUCAGCAUUUAUAAAUUCUACAACAGAUAAUCCUUAUCAUACAACCACACAAGUGAAUCAUGCAUCCACGUCAACAGCACAUAACUUGUACGAUACAUCGCCUUCAACAUUUCAUUCAACAGAGACAACAGAUCAUACAUUUUCGUUAUUUGGUGAUUCAUCAACGGUAGAUACACUAACAAGUUUCACAACGACGACAAUAUUCCCCACAUCUCCAGAAUAUACAACAGUUUCGACAGAGAAUUCAAUGACUCCAACAGAGUAUUCAUCAUCCACUGAAUAUGCAUCAACGUCGUCAGAGAAAACAUCGACCCAUAGCUCCACAUCAGAAGAUUACAUGUCGCCUUCGUUGCAAACCUCAUCAAGCAAAUCUUUCAAUCAGACAGAUGCAGCAAUUAUAUCAACCACAAAUAAUAUCAUACUAUCUACAACCCAUUCUAUCAGUGAUGUGACAAAUAAUAUUGACACAACGUACAAGGAACAAACAAUGACGACAGGACAAACACCAUCAGUAACAGAGUCACGCACAUCCACACAGCAACAGACUGAAUUGGCAACCUACAGGCGCACAUCUGUGCAAGCAACAUCAACAACUCAAGACACAAUAACAGCGGAACAACAUACAACUACUGACGUACAUGCCUCUCAGGAUACAUCUACAAGACUACUUGAUGUGACAGCGCCAACAGCUGUCAUGCACUCUACUAUGGACACCGUAACUUCAAAUCAACAGUCAACUACAACAAUGAAUGAACAGACUUCACAAUAUACAUCUACCGUCGAACAAAAAACAUCGACAUCAAUGCACACACAUACAACGCAAUACACAACUUCAUCUGAACAAAAAGCAACUACAACAUUACACUUAGGUACAACACAAUUUCUAGAUACAACAUCUACCCUUGGUGAUGUCAGUCCAACAGAAACUCUUUCACCAACCUCUACACUAGCUGAUACCACAACUUCAACCCAAGAAUUAACAACAGCAGCGAUGCAACAAACUACAACUAUGGAAAACUUGAUGAGAACAAAUGUACAAGAUACAAAAGCAACAGAAACGGAAUCAACAACAAGUCAUGAAUCAACGACUCCAAUGGAAAUAACAACAACAAGGCCACAAGCAGAAACAACAACAACACUGGCAGCAGCAGAGACAACAACAAAAAUGGCAACAGUAGAAACAACAACAACAAUUGCACCAGCAGAAACAACCAUCAUAACUUCUCCUGGUGAGACCACAGCAGUGAAGGUUUCAGAAACAACUUCAACAAUGCCUGCAGUAUAUACAACAACAACACCAGCAAAAACAACAUCGGUUAUACCAGAGGAAACUACUACAAAAGAGGUGCUAGAAGAAACAACAACAACAAAAGUGGUACAAGAAGAAACAACAACAAAAGUGGUGCAAGAAGAAACAACAACAACAAAAGUGGUACAAGAAGAAACAACUACAAGAGCAGUACCAGCAGAAACAACAACAACAGCGGUUCCAGCAGAAACAACUACAACGAAGGCACCAGCAGAGACGUCAACAGUGGCACAAGAAGAAACCACAAAAACAAUGGCUUCAGAAGAAACAACAACGGUGGUAUCAUCAGAAAUGACAACAACUGUGGCACCAGUAGAAAAAACCACAACUUCUCGAGAUGAAACCACAACAGUGAAGGUUCCAGAAACAACUACAACAGCCCCUGCAGUAGAUACAACAACAACAACAGUCGCUCCUACUACCACAGUGGACAGAUGUGCUGGUGUUAAUUGUAACAAUGGAACGUGCACACCGUCUACAAGUUCCUCUGCUGGAUACAUUUGUCAAUGUAAAGCAAACUACACAGGGAACUCUUGUCAGUUUGCUGAAGCUAUGUAUUCUCAAUGGACUGCAUGGGGGGCAUGUGACCAAGAUUGUAAAGGUGGGGUAAAGAACAGGACACGAAGCUGCACCGACGUCACCGGCGCAGAUCGAGGCUCAGACUGUGGGGCCGAUUUAUUAGAGGAAAUAGCAUGCGAGAAUCUACCGGACUGUGUCGUAACGACUAACCCUUGCCAAGACUCGGUCAACCCUUGUCUGUCUGACGGUGUAGCUCAUACAUGUUUGGUGAAGAGUGACGGGUCGUUUCGUUGUUUGUGUCAGGAGGGGUACAUCAAAGACAACAACAACGUAUACUGUAACAAUGAAAACGAGUGUUUAAGAACAAACAACGACUGUAAGGACGUGAACACUAAUUCAUUCAAAGUGGGCGUGUCUGGUUGUAAGGAUACUAUAGGAAAUUACUCCUGUACCUGUCAAAGCGGAUUUACUUAUAACAGCGACGCCAGGACCUGCACAGAUAUCAACGAGUGCAGUAGCUCAUCAACAAACAAUUGUGACAUCCAAGAGCGGGCCAUUUGUACCAACACACCUGGAAGUUUUACAUGUGCCUGUAAAUCAGGAUAUCAAGGGGCGGGGACUACGGGGACAUGCACAGAGAAACGAUUGAUGUCCCAUACCGGACAUACUAAGCUGAAUUCCAAUGAUGAAUUCUCCUCCUACUUCUUCCCCAACUUUGCCAUUCCCUUCGGCACUCAUCUGUAUCCGUCAUUCUAUUUUACAAGGAGUGGAUUACUGCUGUUUACAACAAUCACAAGUGAUACCGUCAGUAUCGGAAAACGGAAGUCUUUUACGAACCCCACCAAGUUCGUCAUUGAUAGUUCCUUCCAAGAAAAAGCUGCUGUUGCCCCAUGGUGGUCAAACAUGAUUAUCAGUUCCGGGGUGAGCGCAGAUAAUGGAAUGUAUUACAAAGAGUACUCACCUGACGUGACGUCAGACAAUAAUGUCAUGGUAGCCAAGGCAGCAGAAAUUGCCGGAAAAUUUAGUGUCACCGGAUUUAUCCCAAAAUACAUGGUGGUGAUUACAUGGUACAAGAUGGAGCAAAAUCAAAGUCCUGCAACGCCAUCUCAAACUGUGACAUUCCAGCUCAUCCUGAUCACAGACUUCAAACACUCCUUCGUCAAGGUUACUUAUGAGGACAGAGAAAUGAAGUGGAAGGUACUGGAUUCGGUUGGGAAUUACCCAGUCAGGAUUGGGACCCUCAAACAGGGAGGAUCUGCCGUAGAAUAUGCUCAGUCUUACCUUGAUCUUUUGAAUGAUGCAGCAAACAAACCUAAAAUACAGACAAUAGAUGAGAUUGUCAUUUCGCCAGCUACAAAUAAAGGUCGUUCAUACUAUCGUCUGUCAGAGACAUCCCCGAUUGAACAUCCGGGUCUGCUGUGUUCAGAGUGGAUAAUCGCUGACGCCAGCGACAGCAAUAAACCUGUUGUGAGUGCGGAGGUGACGAAGUGCCCACCCACCCUACUACAGAAGACAGACACUCUAGUGCAGUACACAGAAGCAGGGAUUCCAAACUCUAUGGCGUGUUUUGCAACAAGAAGCGCCAUGUCUUCAACAUCAAGCGAUGCACGCACCAUACGUUGUUGCUAUGACAACACCAAUAAAGGACUGGUUCUAGAUCACGUGUUAGCCAAGGGGUUUAACACUUACAGGCGUCACUCAGGACAAGCACAAACAGAUGCUGACAAUAUGUAUGGUAAAUGCUGUGAUGCCAACAACUCAUACGCUUCCAAGGCAGAUCUCUGUCAAGGCUUCCUCGAGAGACGUCCUGUCUGUACCUUUGACAAUUUUGUCGCCAGUGGCGCCGGUGGUGCCUUGGGUGAUCCCCAUCUAACUACACUAGACGGCUUGUCCUUUACCUUUAACGGGCAUGGGGAAUUUGUUUUGUUAAUAGCUUCGGAGGUGGAGGUUCAAGGACGAUUUUCACCGCUAGUCAAUCAAGAUGGUCAGAAAAGCGCAACCUUCAUUAGUUCCAUUGCUGGCAAACAAAGCACUCCUAACAGUGACAAGGUUGAAAUUCGCCUUAAUUCUGCUAAAGAUAAUGCAGAAAUCCUGAAAAAUGGUGGUGUUGAAAACGUGGACUUGUCCAAUGAUAUAGACUGGAAUGAAGUGUCUAUCAGUAAGACAGAGGCAAACAACGUUACCACAUGGAAAAUGAUCUUCAGUGAUGGUCUGACAGCAGGUGUUCAACUGAAAAAUGAAAUGUUCCAACUGGUCAUCGAUUCUGCUGCCAAAUACAAAAACAACUUCCAAGGACUUCUGGGUAACUUUAACGACGAUAGUACAGACGACUUUAAAGCUCCAAAUGGAACAGUGACGCCAUCAACCUCUACAGAGGAAAUCAUAUAUAACUAUGGAAAAACAUGGCAAAAUAAUGAUUCCAGCACCCUAUUCACAUACAAUGGCAGCGACACUUGGAAUACCCAUAUUGACGAGUCUUACACACCAGUGUUUUUCAAUCCUGAUCUUACUGUCAUGUUUCCCAAUUCAACCAAACGCUCCACUGCCAUAAGUACAUGUAAUAGUGGAGCUGCAACGGAUGACAACCCAGCAUUGCGUCGGGAAUGUUACUUCGACUUUAAAAUAACAGAAAAUGCUGCCUUAGCUUCUUCUACCUCUGAAACAAAGAGUGCGCUAGAGGAAACAAAAUCCACUCUAGCAAACUAUCCACCAGAAAUUAAUAAUGGAAAUGUGACGUUUGAAGUAUCUGUCGGACAGACGUUUACAUUUCAACUGGAUGCCACAGACAAGAAUUCUGGCGAUACCAUUUACUUCCUGUUGAACGAUGACGCACCAUCAGGACUGGCAAUAGAUAACUCCACCAAGGUGUUGACGUGGACAAACGUCCCUGACAUUAACAGUGCGGUGAUUCAAAUCACAGUCUCUGAUGGGAAGGCGCAGUCAUUAUGGACGCCAAAAACAGAGCUUUGUAAAUGUCAGAACGGUGGCCAUUGUGACUUCAGUGUUAGCAGCAGUAAUCAGUUUGUUGUCGUUCCCUGUGUCUGCGUGGCGGGAUACGAUGGGACUUAUUGUGAGAAUGACGAGGACGGUUGUGCAGAUGGUCCCUGCUGGCCGGGGGUUGUCUGUACCGAUGUCUUGGCACGAGAUCUCAGCACCACACCCGCUGGCUUCACGUGCGGAUCGUGUCCGACUCAUCUUGAUGGGAAUGGAAUCACGUGCACAGAUAAGGAUGAAUGUGUUAAGAACUCACCUCCUCCUUGUGCUCAUAACUGUACCAAUAUCCCAUUUGGAUUUACCUGCUCUUGUGCUGACGGCUAUGUCCUAGGCGGAGAUGCUAAAAGCUGUUCUGAUAAGGAUGAGUGCUUGACGAAUGCUGACCAGUGUGAUGAUGCAACAACAACCUGUCUAAAUAACAUUGGUGGGUACAGCUGUCCUUGUAAAACAGGGUACAAACGAGAGACAACUUAUGCUUGCACUGACAUAGACGAGUGUUCAAACUCCUCCAUUCAGUGUCCCGCUAACUCCCAGUGUAGGAACAAUGUUGGAAGUUACACAUGUGUUUGUAACCAUGGAUAUCGCAAAAAUACGCAGACAAAUACCUGUGAGGAUGUGGAUGAGUGCGCAGGCUCAAACAAUUGUGCCCAGAAAUGUGUGGACGGAGUUGGAACCUACACAUGUGACUGUAACACAGGAUAUAAAUUAAAUACAACCGACAAAAUCAGUUGUAUACCUGAUAACGAAUGCACAACUGAACAGAAGAACAACUGUGAUGGUGGAAAUGAAAGAGCGUCCUGUGCAGUGUCUAGUGGACAAGUCUACUGCAUUUGUCCUUCUGGUUUUGCCCUGAAUGCCAGCAAUUACUGCAUAGACAUUGAUGAGUGUACCACAAAUGCUGACACCUGUGUUGAUGCUACGAGCACUUGUGAGAACAAUGAAGGAGGAUUCAAGUGCAAUUGUAAAACCGGGUACAGUGGACAGGAUGCGUAUACAUGUACAGAUAUCAAUGAAUGCACCAACGGAUCUCACAACUGUAUUUCACCCGCUACCUGUCAGAACAAUGACGGGGGGUUCACUUGUCAGUGUCCCUCAGGGUACAACAAAGGAGUCAAUGGUCGUUCUUGUGUUGACAUUGAUGAAUGUGCCUCCGCCGCCACACACGCCUGUGAUAAGGUACAUGGCAGCUGUACUAACAAAAAUGGAGGAUACGAUUGCAGCUGUAACACUGGAUUUGUCGGGGAUGGGUACAACUGUGCAGAUGUAAACGAGUGUGCUCCUGGUGGCUCUAGUAAUUGCACACAAACCUGCACCAACAACAUUGGAAGUUACUCUUGCUCCUGUUUAAAUGGAUAUACGCUGAAUGCCAAUGGAUAUACCUGUAAUGAUAUUAAUGAGUGCUUGGAUUCUGCAGCCAAUGGUUGCUAUGACAAUAGCCAAUGUACAAACACCGAUGGCAGUUACACCUGCUCUUGCCCUACAGACUUUCGAUUAAAAGGCGACGGAAGAACCUGUGAAUCCAUUUACAAAUGUGACAAUAACCAUGGAUGCAAUUACACGUGUGGAAAAGUAAAUGGUCAAGAUACGUGUUCUUGUCCAGCAGGGUACCAGUUAGAUAGUACCGGGAAGAAUUGUGAAGACGUUGAUGAGUGUGCAAAUACAACUUUACAUCGGUGUGAGUCAAGCAACAAUGUGGUAUGUGUCAACACCAUAGGAUCACACGUGUGUAACUGUGUGAAUAGCUCGUACGUUAAAUCACAGGAAACAAUAUGUGUGGAUAAGGACGAAUGCUUACAAGGAACUGCUAACUGUCCUUCGAACUCGCAGUGUAAUAAUCUUGAUCCUGGCUUCGAAUGUAACUGUGUACAAGGGUACAGAAAGGUUGGCGCUACAUGUCUGGACAUUGACGAAUGUGCAAGUUCUAAUUAUAAUAACUGUAAUGACACGUUAGCCACCUGUACCAACACACAGGGGGCAUACACUUGUACCUGCAACACGGGAUACUCUGGAGACGGAAGAACAUGCACUGAUGUGGAUGAAUGUGCUGAAAAUACACAUAACUGUGACAGCCGGCCAGAGAGGAGGACGUGUACUAAUACUGUUGGCUCUUUCACCUGUAAUUGUAGUGAUGGAUACAUUCUGGCCAGUGAUGGCAGGACAUGUAACGAUGUGGAUGAAUGCUCUGGAAGCCAUGGUUGCCAACAAACUUGUGUAAAUAAAGCUGGUGGAUAUGAAUGCGCAUGUCAGCUUGGUUAUAGACUUGAUGCUAAUCAAAGGAAUUGUAGCGUGGAGGCAGAGUGUGAAGCAGCAAAGAAAGCUACGUGUCAGGACAAUCGAUGUGCAAAGGUAAACGGUACUGAUACGUGUUCAUGUAAUACGGGCUACCAACUGGCUGCUGAUGGGACCACCUGUAAUGAUGUUAAUGAAUGUAACAACUCUCCCUGCUAUGCGACCAACAGUGCUUGUACAAACACGGUGGGGUCAUAUACCUGCUCCUGUAUAAAUGAAUAUAUACUGGGUCCCAAUAAUGUGUGUAAAGAUCGCAAUGGCGGCCUGUCAGCCUGGUCAGCAUGGGGUGCAUGUUCCCUGACUUGUGGUAAUGGGACCCAAACAAGAACACGGUCAUGCAAUAACCCUACCCAAGAAGGAGCGGGGGCACCUUGCACUGGAGAGACAUCAGAAAUACAAAGCUGUAACCCCAAUAUUUGCCCACCAAAUCAAGUAGAAAAGGAUUAUGGCGUUUUAGUGCAGUACAAAGGACUGCCUGUGGCCAAGUUUACGACAAAAGUACGAGCAGAAUUUACUACCAAAGUGGCAGAGGGGAUUAAUAGCUAUUGUAAUGAGAACAAUGAUAAACUCAGACAAUGUUGUAAUAGUCAAUCUACCUACGUACCAAAUCCAAGCAGCCCCCUAGGUUUUACAAAAGCGGAACAAAUCGCCAUUGCGGAUGGGUAUCCACGAGAAAUAAAUACAAUCACAGAGUUCCUGAUUGUUGUGAAGGCUGAUAACACCAAUGCUCUAUGUUCUGCCACGUCCUCCAAAAGAAAGAGGAAGAGGCGUGGCAUUGUGCUCGGCAGUCUAGAGAUAGCUAUUCCACAAACUGUCCUACAGAAAAUUUUACAAGAUACAACUAUACAAGAUAAUAUCGUCCAGAAACUGAAAGAUGCUAUAAAGCAAGAAACAGGAGAUGAUCUUAACAUACAAGCGGGAGAAAUUCUAUUGGUCACAGAACCUGCUCCCACUACGAAAACAACUUCCAAGGCUUGGGUUAUUCCUGUGGCAGUUGUGGGGGCAAUACUUGGUGUUAUUAUAGUCAUACUCAUCAUUCUUGUUCUCAUCAAAAUGAGUAAGAAGAAUAAAGUCAAUCCAGAAGAGCGUCACGCCAAUCCUUUGAAUGACCCCAACCACCCCAUAAAUAACCCACCUCAGCAGCAACAACAGAUAGUGGGUCAAAAUCCUAGUCAACGCCCCACAGAUCAGGGGCCAGAUCCUCCCCAGGGAGACCAGAACACCAACAGCUAAUAGUAACCCAAUGCAAACGUGAUUCUUCAAUGGACAUGCUCAAAAAUUAUAUAUUUUGUACAAAUUUAAAAAAAUGAAGGAAUUUUUUAAUGAUUUCUAUUAUUAUGAUGGUAUUAAUUACUCCAUAUUGAUGUUAAUGGGAUUUAUGUACAACAACAAGAGUUGUACACAUGACCACAUAGGUCAUUGAUUGUCUGAAAGCAUUAUGCUCUUUAUAAAAAAUGAACUGUAUUUAGCACAAUGCAAUAUCGCAGUCACAGUGAAGAUUUCUAGAGGGUGGUUUAAACAUACACUUUUUAAUGGCUAUUUUUGGUAGCAUGUAUACAUCCAUUAUCUUUUAGCAAACAAACAUAAGGGGUCAUGCUAUGAAGCCGAGAAUUAAGAAAUUGCUAGUAUUAAAGCUCAGUCAAACUGAGGAAAUUUCAUAAAUAUAUUUAAUAGAAGAUGUUAAUUCAUCAUAUGUAAGUCAAUAGGUAAGUUAUCUUAUAAAUCAAUAUGAAUUUUUGAACAUAUUUUUCUUCGGAAUCAAAACCAAUGGAAGAGUUUACCUUGAAUCAAACUCAUUCUAUGCAUAAAUUAGUUUAUCAAUAUUCCUUGAGGAUCGAAAAGAAUUUGCCGUUAGAAUUAAACAAACAUGGCUUCUAUCAGAAUAAUGAAUGAAGGCAUUUUAAUAAGAAUAAUUUUUAUGUAAGUGGUGUAAUAUCGAGAAAUAUACAGUUGAUUUUCGGUAUCUCGAACACCAAUAUUUCGAAUACCGUGGAUAUUUUGAAGUGAUUUGGAAGUCCCAACUGCUUAUUCUUUAAGUAUUUUUCCCUCGAUCGAUAUCUCGAAUCAUCGGAUAUCUCGAAGUUCUUUUCCUGGACCUUUCUCAUCAAGUUCGAUAUAAUGAGGUUAACUGUAUUUUGAAUGUAUCUGUCAGAAUUAACUGACCUCUAAUAAGGCCUUGCAGAACUAUAAUUAUGGUGAAGUGCUGUGAUUGAUAAAUAUAUCUUAUGAUCGUUACAUCUUUGGACCGCUUUCUAGGCACUGCUAAUUGAUUGAACAAAAUUUUCUAAUGAAUGAUUUGUUUUGUAUCUUGUUCUAUUAGAUUCUUUUCUUUUACUUGGUUGACAGUAAAACUUGCUCAGAUAAUUGGCAAUCAUUGGGUACCGGAUAUAGUUACUGAAUCUAUAACGUCUCGUUCGAUUUUUUUAAGUUUCGUACAUAGGUAAAAAGAUGAAUACCGAAAGUAUUUGAAAUUAUAAUAGUUUUUUUCCCUGGAAAGCAGUGCCAUCAUUAUGUUUUGUAUAUAUUUUAUCGUUCGUAUUUUAGCUGUACAUAUCAGAACUAAGCCGUCCAUUAUAUAUUGUUUUAUUAUUGUAUUGAUAUGACUUAUUAUGUACUCCCCACCAUUCCAAACUUAAGUAAUUUUAUGGAUGUGCUUAAAUCCUGUGCUGUUUUAUUGAUGAUCAAAUGAUUAUUGCUGUUUAAUCAUAUCCUCUACAGUAUUCUACAGUAUUCUGUGUAUUUACAUUGUGUUAUUUAUGUUUUACUUUAUAUCUGAAUAAUUUGUUUGUUACUUAUGAUGAUAAUGGAUUGUUCAAGGUUAAAGACUGUCAUUUCAAUAUGAGUAGGUGAUUUUUACAAAUUAUGAUAUGAUCAUCCUUGUUAAUUUUAAUUCACUUAGUAAGUCCCGUGUAGGUACAUAAUUUUUUCCUUUUCUUCCCAUUUUGUAAUUUAUAUUAUCGAAUACAGUUGUUUAUUGCUUCAUCACAUAUUAAUUAAGGUGAUCUAAUGCCGUAUAACGUUUCAGUAGACAUACUCGUUUAAGGAAAAUUAAUGCAAAUCUGCAAUAGGAACUACUAAUGUUGAAAUAAUACUCAUACUGAUAGAAGCUUAACAAAGAUUUUAAAAAGCAUUUCGUAAUUUCAACCACAUUUUGCUAUAACUUAUGCAUGUAUAUUCUAAUU